AGAAGUUUUCCCGCGCUUUGAAGGGAUUAGGGGAAACGAUGUAUUAUGAGUGGUCAGAGGAGGAGGCUAUGGACGGGGCGGUCUCAAUGUCUUGAAGUGGUUUUAAAUUGAACUAUUCGCGUUCAGUCAAGGUGACAUUUAAUUAUUCAGAGUAUUUGUAGGUAGUUUGGACCCGAGUUGUGACGACCACACACCGGGUGUUUCUCAGGAUGCCUCCCAAAAAGCGCAGCAGCGGCGGCGGCAGCGGGAGCGGCAGCGGCAGCGGGACCCCUCCGAGCAGAGAGGCGAAGUGGAGCAACAAGAAGGAGAACUCGGUGCUCUCUCCAGAAAAGCACAAAGAGAAGGAUCCGGAGUUUGUAGCCCUUUGUAAGGACCUCUCAGUCUCCAACUCGGUGUGUACUCAGGCGUGGGCACUGUGGGAAUCGAUGACCAAGACAGUAGAGAAAGUCACCGAAUCAAACAAGCAGCUCUGGGGAGCGUGCGUGUACAUUUCAGCCGUGGACUCGGACGACGUCAGAUUCACCUUUACAGAAUUUCAGAAGGCUGUUGGUCUGAGUGUGAAGCAGUUUCUCACCCUGGUGCGAAAGCUGGAUGAAAACGUGGACACAAUAAGCCCUAAAGUAAACUCGGCCGUGACGAGGCUUGAGAAGAAAUACGAGGUGUCGCUGGCUAUCUAUCAGAGAUUUGUGAAAACAUGUGCCAGAAUCUAUAGUGUGCCUGAUGAAGUUAAGAGACAAGAGCUUUUGCGCUGUAGCUGGAUCUUAUUCCUCUUGGCUAAAGGAAGUGUUCUGCAGAUGGAGGAUGACCUGGUGAUAGCCUUCCAGUUACUUUUGUGUGUUCUGGAGUUCUACAUCAAGCGUUGCCCGUCCUCUCUCCUCCAGCCUCUCUACAAGGCAGCAAUCAGCGAGACGACACAGAGCCCUCCAACUCGGACCUCAAGGCGGAACAAGGCCAAGCCCCGUCCUUCCGAGAUGGAUGUGCAGUUGCUGGAGAAGUUGUGUAAGGAGAGCGACUGCAGCGUAGACGAGGUGAAAAACGUCUACCAAAGCAGUUUCUGUGCUUUCCUGGACUCCAUGCGCUUGUCAGGCUCACAGGAACUUCCAGCAGUGGAAACUCUAUCCAAAAGUUAUGAAGAGCUCUACCAUAAAAGCAAGGACUUUGACGCACGACUGUUCUUAGUUGAUGACGAGACCCUCAGCCCAGUCAAAGCAGAAGUUACAAAAGUAGAAAUGACUCCUAGGAAGAACCCUUCUGGAGAGGAGAAUGUCUCCAUUCCACCACAGACCCCUAUCAGAGCUGCAAUGUAUUCGAUCCAGCAGCUGAGGGGUGAGCUUACCUCAAUCAGUGACCAACCUUCAGGCGUUCUCAUGGUUUACUUCAAGAACUGCACUGUGGACCCCUCAGAAGACAUCGUGAAGCGGGUUGACCAGCUGGGUCAGACCUUCAGCCAGAAAUUUGCUCAAGCUGUUGGUCAGCGCUGUGAAGGACUGGGCAAAAAGAGAUUUACUCUAGGUGUCCAGCUUUACUACAAAGUCAUGGAGUCGAUGCUUAAGUCGGAAGAGAAGAGACUCUCAGUGCAAAAUUUCAGUAAACUCCUGAACAACGCUACUUUCCACACUUCACUCCUUGCCUGUGCACUGGAAGUUGUCCUGGCAACUUAUGUUGGAUAUUCCCUGAAAAAUGGCGGCAGUGAAUCUCCCGAAACGGACCUAUGCUUCCCCUGGAUCUUGGAUGUCUUCGAGCUUCAUGCCUUUGACUUCUACAAAGUGAUAGAAAGUUUCAUCAAGGCGGAGCCCACUCUGAAACACGACAUGAUCGAACACUUAGGCCGCUGUGAGCAACAGAUCAUGGAGAGCAUUGCAUGGAAAUCGGAUUCUCUCCUGUUUGAGCUUCUGAGGCAGUCUCGUGAGGAUGGUUCCGGAGAGCAAGCAGAGCCUCCUGCGACGCUGAACCAGCCUCUACAGCACAACCACACAGCAGCUGAUCUAUAUUUGUCUCCUCUGCGUCCAAGUCGUCGAGCUGCAGCAGCAGCAGCAGAGGCAGACAUUCCAGUCAUGCCUCCGUCACAGCCCUCUGCCCCAGGCACCAAACAGCAUCGCUCCAACUCCCUCAGCCUCUUCUACAAGAAACUGUACAGAAUGGCCUACCUGCGACUGAAAAUGCUUUUCUCUGACCUUCUGACCUCUCACCCCGAGCUGGAGGCCAUCAUAUGGACUCUGCUCCAGCACACACUCCAGAACGAGUAUGAGCUAAUGAAGGACAGACACCUAGACCAGCUGAUGAUGUCUGCCAUGUACGCCAUAUGCAAGGUGAAAAAUGUGGAUUUGCGCUUCAAGACGAUUGUCACUGCGUACAAAGAGCUUCCCAACACAAACCAAGAGACUUUCAAGCGUGUGUUGAUCAGAGACGGCCAAUAUGAUUCCAUCAUCGUCUUCUACAACCUGGUGUUUAUGCAGAGGUUGAAGACGAACAUCCUGCAGUACGCUUCUCCUCGGCCUCCUCCCCUUUCUCCCAUUCCACAUAUUCCCCGGAGCCCGUACAUGUAUCCCAGCUCCCCCCUCAGAGUGCCUGGUGGGAACGUCUACAUCUCCCCUUUAAAGAGCAGUCGUUUGACCCCAGCACCCAUGACACCCCGGUCCAGGAUCCUUGUAUCCAUUGGAGAGUCGUUCGGGACCUCGGACAAGUUCCAGAAGAUCAAUCAGAUGGUCAGUAGCACAGACUGGCCCCAGAAGAGGAGUCUAGCCGGAGACUCCAACCCCAAACCCCUGAAGCGCUUACGUUUUGAUGUGGAUGGACAGGAUGAGGCUGAUGGGAGCAAAUCAAGCGGCGAGUCUACACUAGACAAGAAGCUGGCUGAGAUGCGUUCAGUUCGCGAUCGCAUGCAGGAACAGAAAAUGAAGGAGGAGGCUGAGAAGGAAGACCCAGAGCCCUGAUGUGAGCAAGCCUCAUCAUCUAACUAUUAUCAUCAUCACCAAUCAUCAUCAUCAAACUGUCACUGGUGUGCGCUCAUGUAGGCUGGUUUUACUAAUUCCACUUUUUUAAGUGUCUAAAUAGACGUUUGAGUAAAUCAAAUGAGAGAAUACGAAUCAGCCAGAAUAUGGCAGAAAGAUUUAAAGACAUAGCGUCAGAGGGUUACAUUUAUAAUCUUAAGUACCGGAAUGAAAAUUCUUGGCUGAAACUCGAAAUUCAGGACACACGUUUUUAUUACUUAGCUUCGGGAACUAUUGUGGAAUUUUUUUUUUUUUUUUUAAAAGCUUGUAAAGCAUUCAUUUAUGCUUAAUGAAAUGAUUAACACUAGGAAGUGACUCCACUUAAAGAGCUGACAAAUCAUAAAAUAUAAACUUCCUAAAAUUAAUAUGUUUAUCUCUGAGACUUGCAAUAUCAUCUAGGCACCAUUUUAUAUAAGAAUUUUUAUACAAAACAUUUUUGUAUAAAAAUUGGUCAUUUGGUCAUUUUUAGCUUUUUCUUUUUUUUUUUUUUUUUUUUUUUUUUUCUCUCCUGCUUUUUUGUUGUGUUGUUCAGAAGGGUAUCAUGAAACCCUGAUUCUUAAAAGUUCCGUUUUUUUUUUUUUUUAAUUAUCAGAUUUUACCUUGACAUGUGUCUUUGAUUGCAGCUGGCUGAACUUCAUACAAGAAAUCAAUGAUUAUAUUACAUGUGAGGAUAUACUGAAGCUGCAUAAUUACAUUUCUGCAACAUCUACAUCAAUUACAACAUGACAUACACAUGUUGUAAUAAUUAACAGUCAUGUGCUCAGUGGGCACAGAAUCGCUUUGUAAUAGAAGAACAAGGCAGAAAACACUACAUCUUGCACUCAUUUUCGUAAGUGGAGAUGCACCAAAAUGAAAAUUCUGAACUGAAAUUCAGGAUUUUUUACAAAUUUUUUUAAUUAGCAUUUGGUUGGUUAGCUGUUGCAAACAAAUUUAUUUUGCUUUUUUGGUCUUGAAAAGCAUUAAUCGUACUUCAGUGGGGAAAAAAAAAGGCUACUGAAAUGUCAGUCCUUUCAUUAAGAUGUAACUCCACAAAAAGAGCUGACAAAUAAAAAAAAAAAGAAAAAAAAAAGAAAAACUCUUCUCUUUAAAGUCCCUGCAUGCCUUGAUGGCACUAAUGGGUAUUAUUCAAUUUAAAAAAAAAAAAAGGAUAUUUUUUUCCUGCAACGUUAUUUGUGUGGUAGAGUUAAUGGAUUCAGUGUUGGUUUUAUGAAAUGAAUCGUGUGUGUGCGCGUGUGUGCGUGCGUGUGCAUUUACAUACUUGUAUUUCUCUUUUUAAUAUAUUGCAUUUUUAUUUGCCUCCUGAACAGAGCUUGUAAUUUUUUUGCUAUUGAAAUGCUAGCUGUUAGAAUUAGUUUUUACCUUUUUUGUAUUAAAUACUUGUCAAAAGAUUUGUUAAUAACUGACUUGAGAUUGUGUUUUAUUAAUAUGUAUGACUGUCUUAUACGAUCAUCUUUUAGGAAAAUAAAAUGUAAAAGGACA